UUUCCCACAGAUUUGAAUACUUCAGAGGCACCACUAUCAAAUUGAUUUCCAUCAACUGGAUCCAUCUUUUUCUACAGAUCUCAGUACAUUUAAAAAGGCACCGCCAGCAGACCAAUCAAGAUGGAUAAGUUCCGUAUGAUGUUCCAGUUUCUCCAAUCCAACCAGGAGUCCUUUAUGAACGGCAUCUGUGGUAUCAUGGCCCUAGCUAGCGCCCAGCUCUACUCAGCCUUCGAGUUUAGCUGCCCUUGUAUCCCAGAGUACAACUACGCCUAUGGGAUUGGACUACUGGUUACCCCACCUAUAUGGUUCUUCCUACUAGGGUUCGUGUUGAAUAACAAUGUUUCGAUGUUAGCUGAGGAGUGGAAAAGACCGACAGGGAAGAGGGUGAAGGAUCCGACGAUCCUUCGUUACAUGUUCGUUUCGAUCACGCAGCGGUCCUUGAUCGCGCCCAUGGUGUGGAUAUCUGUGACUCUUAUGGACGGGAAGAGCUUCCUGUGUGCGUUCAGCGUCAACUUGGACAUUCAUCAGUUUGGAAAUUCUACCCUCAUUGAUGGAAUGACGGAAGUGGAGAUUGUUAAAUUGUUAGCGAAGAUUCCAUGCAAGAAUAUCUUCAAUCAGCCCGAGGUGAUAUCGAGAGAAGCGGCAUCGAGAUAUAUCAAGUGUAUAUCCCAGGCGUUUGGCUGGGUAUUCCUACUGCUGAUGACCUUAGCAGCCUUCAUGAUACGAGCCAUCCGACCUUGCUUCACCCAAGCUGCCUUCCUCAAGACCAAAUACUGGUCUCACUACGUCGACAUCGAACGCAAGCUCUUCGACGAGACGUGCAAGGAGCACGCCAAGACCUUCGCCAAGGUCUGCAUCCAGCAGUACUUCGAGAGCAUCAGCGGCGACAUGCGCAGCUUCCACAAGCACCGGUCAAGCAAAGAUGACAGCGACGACGAUGAUGAUGAUGACAAGAAGAAGAGCGACGAGGACAAGCUUCUCGGGAUCCGCGACCAGGACGAUAUGAAUAAAGUUCUGUGGAAUUGGCACACGUGCAAGCCGCCUCUGGCACUGAGGAAGGAACAGCCGGAUGGAGAAUCCCAUGAAGGGCUCAUACCAAAUGGAGAUGUCCAUGGAGUCAGUGGAGGGCCAAAUGGAUAUGCUAACGGUCACGCUCCCGAUUUGCCCAAGAGGGAAUGGGCGGCAUACUACAGCAAAGUUUGAACAUUUCAAAAGAGGAAAAAGCACCAUUCACUGUAGCAUGGAUAUUAAGCACUGGUUGACUAUUUAGACUGACAAGACUGAUUGUCCUUUAAGAUUUAGACUGUGGUUUGAAGAUAGAAUUGAAGUCCUUUUUGUGGUGUGAUCAUUUAUAAUAAUGAAUAUUUUGAUGGAGGGCUUAGUUGGAAAUGUUUCCUGGCAUCCAACAUCAAACCCUCCCGCAUUGGCACUUUAGUUCUUCCUUGGUUUCAGGAUGGUUAACUGUAUUUUUUGUUAGAGUACCCAAAGGGGGAACCU